UUAUUGGUGCAUGACAGACGACAAAGUGCCAUCUCUAGACAGGGACAAAAACAUUCCAAUUUCACUGCUGCGAUUUCACUUUCACAAAACAAAUUAAGGCUGCGCAAGCGCUCGCUGCUCAAUGGACACUAUCAGUUAUUGAAUCCAACCGAUAAUGGCGCUGAUAAGCCGGCGGCACUGAGACCCCAAACCCCGACGAACAGCCACCGCCAGCUGUUUGGCAUAGCAAACACUUUGAAUAUAUAUCGCAAGAAGCCGAAAAAAGACAGCUGGGCCAGCAUGGAUCUGCUGCAUCGCGUCCUGCUCACCGCCUUGGGGGCGUUCUCCGUGUUCUACGCCCUGGUCAAGAUCAGCUUGGGCUACUGGAAGCGACGCGGCAUCCUGCACGAGAAGCCCAAGUUCCUGUGGGGCAACAUCAAGGGCGUGGUGAACGGCAAGCGGCAUGUUCAGGACGCCCUGAACGACAUCUACGCCGGCUACAAGGGCAGGGCGCCCUUUGUGGGCUUCUACGCCUGCCUCAAACCCUUCAUCCUGGUGCUGGACCUCAAGCUAGUCCACCAAAUAGUCUUCACCGAUGCGGGGCACUUCACCUCGCGAGGCCUCUAUAGCAAUCCAAGCGGAGAACCGCUGUCGGCCAAUCUCCUGCAGCUGGAUGGUCACAAAUGGCGUGCUCUGCAUGCCAAAUCCGCAGAGGUUUUCACACCGGCCAACGUGCACAAGCUGUUGGCCAGGCUGACACAAAUCUCUGCGAGAAUUCAAAGCGAUCUGGGCAGGGAGAGCCUGCAAACCCGCAACAUUAGCGAAUUAGUGAGUGCCUACAGCGUGGAUGUGAUGGCUUCAAUGGCCUUCGGAUUGGCAGGCCAGGAUCACGAGGAGUUUGCCAAGUGGACGCGUAACUACUGGGCCGACUUUAAGCUUUGGCGAGCGUACCUGGCGCUGGAGUUCCCGCUCAUCGCUCGACUGCUGCAGUACAAAAGCUACGCCGAGCCGGCCACGGCCUACUUUCAAAAGGUUGCCCUUUCCCAGUUGCAGGCGCAACGGCGGAGGGAUCGCCAGCCGCUUCAGACGUUCCUGCAGCUCUACUCCAACGCUGACCAGCCGCUCGACGACGUCGAGAUCGCGGCCCAGUCCUUUGGUUUCCUGCUGGCUGGCUUGGCCCCUCUGAAUGCCUCGCUGGGAUUUUGCCUCUACGAGCUGGCCCGCCAGCCGGAGCUGCAGGAGCGAACCAGACGGGAGAUUAAGAGGACGCUGGAGCAGCACGGCGGCCAAGUGACGGCGGAGUGCCUCAGGGAGCUGCGGUACACGAAGCAAGUCCUAAAUGAAACGCUUCGUCUGCACACGCCGUAUCCCUUCCUUGUGCGCCGCGCAACCAAAGAAUUCGAGCUGCCCGGUUCGGUGUUCGUCAUUGCAAGGGGCAAUGGGGUGCUGAUACCUACGGCGGCCAUACACAGAGAUCCGGAGAUAUACGAGGAUCCCGAGCGCUUCGAUCCGGAUCGAUUCGAGGAGGAGGCCAAGCGAUCCCGACCGCCGGCUGCCUUCCUGCCCUUCGGCGACGGUCUGCGGGGAUGCAUUGCGGCUCGCUUCGCGGAGCAGCAGCUGCUGGUGGGUCUGGUGGAGCUGCUCAAGGGCCACAGAUACGCGCCCUGCGCGGAGACCACGAUUCCCAUGGAGUACGACAACCGGAGACUGCUCUUGGCGCCCAAGUCGGACAUCAAACUCAACGUGGAACGGAUUGACUAGCUUUAGAGGUGCCCUCUCCGAUGGAGCAUCGCCCAUUUCGUAUUGUUUGCUUCGGUAUUGCUUUACUGUACAAAGCGUUUAAGUUGUUUUUAUAUUUGUAUAUGCACUUAAUUCGUUGAUUUCCUUAAGCUGUGGACUUGUGUGAUAAUGCUGACGAUGACUUUUAUGAUCUACUGCACCAAGCUCAACAACAUGAACAAAUAAAUACCCUAAUUGUUACAUUAA